CUGCCGUCCUUUAUUCUUGCCUUUGGCCCAACAGGCAGUCGAUUGGAAGCCACCGCUAGUCCCGGUUAGUCUGUCAGUCACGUCCAGCCCCGACGCUUCGUCAGACCCUGACCCUCAGUCAGUCAGAGUCCGUCAGCCACUGCACCGCUAGGCCCCCGAGACUUAGCACGGGGUCAGGGCCGCUCCUGCUCUCUGCCUCUUGGGGCCUGCUAGGAGGUAGCGCCGCACACAAAAACAAUUUCCCCCGGCUUUAUCGAGAGCUGCAGGAGCCCUUGGGCGCAAAGGUUAAGCUUGACUGCUACCCAGCAGGUUUUUUCGGUAACACAGUGGAUACAAUUUGUCAUGGCUACUCUGAGUGUUAUAGGUUCAAGUUCACUUAUUACCUAUGCUGUAUUCCAGAAUAUACAGAAAUCUCCAGAGAUGAAGCCACUCUUCUACUUGAGUCUCUCUGACCUACUUCUGGGAAUAUGCUGGCUCAUUGAGGCACUUAUCUAUGGAACUUCAGCAGCCAAUAAGGACGUUGUCUGCUAUAACCUGCAAGCAGUUGGACAGAUCUUCUACAUUUCCUCAUUUCUCUACACCGUCAAUUAUAUCUGGUACCUGUACACGGAGCUCAGGAUGAAACACAACCAGAGUGUACAGAGCUCAUCUCCGCUGGCAAUAGAUGAUACUUCUCGAAUUGGUCAGAUGGCCAUCAUUAUGUCAAGCCUGGUACCUCUGUUACUGAUGAUACCUGUAUUUUGCCUGGGCAAUACUAGUGAGUGUUUCCACAACUUUAGCCAGAGCCAUAGGUGUAUUCUGAUGCUUUCACCACCAUCAACUAUGGCUGAACUCAUGCCUUCUGCCAGCACAUCUGUGUGUGGCAUACUUUAUAUUUAUGGGAUCACCAUUUUCCUGGCCAGUUUUCUACUCAGCUUUCUCACCAUCGUGGUUUUACUCAUUCAAGCACAUACGCUGUAUAAGAGGUUCAUGAAAUCUACUGGCUUUCUGGGAAGUGAGCAGUGGGCAGUGAUUCACAUUGUGGAGCAGCGAGUGCGUUUCUACCCAAUGGCUUUCUUUUGCUGCUGGGGUCCAGCUGUCAUCCUAAUGAUUAUAAAGGUGAUCAAACCUCAGGACACCAAGCUUCACAUGGCUUUUUAUGUUCUCCAGGCUCUAACAGCAGCAUCCCAAGGUCUGCUCAACUGUGGAGUCUAUGGCUGGACACAACACAAGUUCUACCAACUAAAGCAAGAGGCUCGGCGUGAUGCAGACACCCAGACACCAUUAUUGAGCUCACAGAAGAGACUCUAUAGCAGAGGGCUAGAACCAUUGGAUUCUACCCUUCCUUAUGUUACCAGCACAUCCACUAUUCUUUAAAACCUUGAUCCUGAACAUUCAAGACCUAGAAUUAUUCCACACAAAUCGGUUGGAGAGAAUAUUGGAAAAAGAUAUCUUGUCUUUUAUAAUCAUACCCUAACUAUGGGAGUAGAAGGGAAUACUUUGCUGUGGUUAGUAGCUGUUCUGGAUGAAUUAUGUAGGAGCUUAUAUAAAUUGCCUUCAAAAAGUUCAUGGAAAUAUUCCAUUAUCUUUUAAUUCCAUUUUUUCACAGACUUUUUGAAGUCUCCACAUAUGUUUGGUGGCCUGAGACUUUACUAAUAGGGAUCAUCAGCAUUAGAAAAUUCAGGCUUACCUUUUGAAAAUGUCAGAAACCAUAGGAUUCAAUAGCUCUGAACUCCAAUUUAUACGCAAGAGUCAAAAAUUGGCUUCUUGGACCCAGGAUAAGGUUAAUUUCCAGGCUGAACCAAAAAAAAAAAAGGUCCAGUUUUGUAGGUCUGAUAUCAGUUUCACAUAAUUCAGCCUAAUAGUAAGUGCUAUGUAUAUGGUUUUAGAAUGACUGACUAAUAGUUGGAAUUUGACCCUUUGGGGAGAGAGGAUUCCCAGACUAUGGAGCCUUAUUCAAAAGUGGGAAGAUCUCUAAUCAGUGUAUUUUUCUGGAAUCACCUAAUAAAUGAUCGUUGUCUUUCCA